CACAAUUACCUUCUGUUUAGUAUGGCUGAGGCCGUGGAGUCUGGUAAAGAGGAUGGUCUUCUGCCCGUUGUCUCUUCCCCCUCUUCCGUUGAGUCUUCUGUCGUUGCUAUAGAAGUGGCGGAACGCCAGGAGAGAGAACCAGCCGGUAUCAAAGAGGAAGUACAGCUUGUAGAGAUUAAAUGCAAAGAAUUGAUCGCCGGAGAGUUAGAGGACUCUACAUUACAAUCUAUUGCAGCCAAGAAAAUAGAGAUAAAGGAGAAAAAAGAAAAAAAACAUAAAGUUGAUGAAGAUGAGAUUCAAAAAAUGCAAAUCCUGGUUUCUUCUUUUUCUGAAGAACAGCUAAAUCGAUAUGAGAUGUAUCGACGAUCAGCUUUCCCUAAGGCUGCUAUUAAACGGCUGAUCCAGUCCAUUACUGGAACCUCUGUGUCUCAGAACGUUGUUAUUGCCAUGUCAGGAAUUUCUAAAGUCUUCGUUGGAGAAGUCAUUAGAUGUAUGUGAAAAGUGGGGAGAAUCGCCACCUCUGCAACCCAAGCAUAUGCGUGAAGCAGUCAGACGACUGAAAUCACGAGGACAGAUUCCAAAUUCAAAAUAUAAAAAAAUUCUCUAUCACUGAAGAGGAAGCAGAAAAAGUAUCUAAGUGGAAUGGAGAUGUUUUCACUGAAAUGAAAAUGACUUCUGAGAGUAUAUUCAGAUUAUUUAAGAGCGUCAAGUUCUGCAAAAUUAAGAUGUUCCUUGUGCAAUAAUUCUGAGUGGGUAAUGAUAAGACUACAUUGCAGGUAUAUUGUGCUAAAUAUAAACAACAUUUUCUAAGUAGGCAAAAUAAGAAACAUUGAUGUAAUAAUAUUACAUGAAACUUCUGAAACAUGAUUUUGAGAUUUCUCUUAAAAGGAAAUAAAAGUUUUUAAAAAGCG